AGAAUCAAGGAAUACCUGUCGAAAUUCCCCUCCUGUCCCACUAUAAGAGCACCUGCCAUCACCAUACAGAGGUGCACAUCAUUCUGUGAAGAAAAACACUCCUUGGACCUCACCAGGCUGAACUGUCAGAAUCAGAAUGAAGGACUUGUUCAUCAUAUAUAGCAUGUUUGUAUGCACCAUGCUGUGUGGUCUAUGGGACACAGCCCAGGGUCGGGAGCUUCACCUGGGCAGCUGUAAAGUGAACAUUCACACGCAUGAACUCAGGCACCACUUCCAGCACAUCCGGCAAAGCAUGAUUUCAGGAGAUGACCACAAGGGAAUCAGAUUACUUAGAAAAGACGUGAUGAACAGUAUGCAGGCUACAGAAAGCUGCUGUUUCCUCAGGCAGCUCCUUCACUUCUACCUGGAUAAGGUCUUUAUCAACUACAGCAGCAGUCAUCCUUUACAUCGCAGAACCACCAGUGUACUGGCCAACUCCUUCUUCAGUAUCACCAAGGACCUGCGAGUGUGUCAUGCUAAUGCACACUGUGAGUGCAGUGAAGAUGCCAAACAAAAACUGGCAGGAAUUCAAACCAUGUAUGACAAGCUUGAUCUGGCAGCAGGAGCAGUCAAGGCCAUCGGAGAGCUGGAUACACUACUUGAAUGGAUAGAAAGUUUCCAACACCAUUGAAAAUACACCAGGACCAAACUUAUGUAAAGCUAGAUAUUUAUUAUAUUUCUAAAACAG